AUCGAGAAAUCUUUUUCCAAGAAAACUGAACAGCGUAACCGUUUUUUUCUAGCUGUUGAUCAGUUUGGUUUUGAGAUUAUGCCUUGUACUGCUUGCACUUCCUGGGGCCUGGUAUGCAAGAUGAUGGAUGAUGCAAAGCGUUGUUCUCAGUGUAUCCGUUGUGCUUGUUCUUGUGAUGGCUGUGGGGUUUCUGUUUCUGCUCUUUCGCGCAUUAUAGCAGAAGAUAAGAGGCUGGAAUCGAAGGAGCGGGAGGCGGAGGCAGAGUUAGAA